AUGGCCCCCUCGCAGUUCCCCUCCAAGUCCAUUCUGACCUCCAAAGUGAUCCAGCAUGAGGAGACUGAAGAGACUGAUUUCUUCCCUGUUGCCAGCUUUGUACAGCACCGGCGGUUCUUCCGAAGCCACUGCCUUCGUCUCAUGCAUCCCCCGUGGUAUCGCAACAGUCUCCUAGCCAGUACCGGUUACCUGGAGUUCGCGAAUGCGGGCGAUUUCGCUGCCAAUGUGUGGAACGAUAUCCCUGUGCCGCUCCAUGCGAAGAUCCUAAUGGCCAUUGGGGGUCCCCUCGCCCUGAUGAUGAGCAUGGUUGCCGUGCGCGAUGGCCUGCUCAGCUGGCAGAACGUACGCGUUCUGCGCGCCGAACGAAAGUACCUCAAGACCCUCCGACACCAUUACCUCACCUCUGAUUCAACUGUUGAUGUCGAUCUCGUUAGCCUCAUCGAUAGCCGACUUGGCGUCGGAUUCCGGGAACUUGGCACGGAGCUGAUCGACCGCAUUGCCAUGGAUAUCUUUCUCGGGGUGGGCGCUCUGGUGGUCGGCAUCGGCACCUUGAUGGCCAUCUGGGGGGCGAACCCGCGCGUGUUCAAUGCCAGUAACCUACUGUCCGGUUUCGUGGGUAACAGCUUCGCCGCCGCGUAUGGCGUGGUCAAUGCUGUCUGGUCGGUCUACCUGGUCUGGCGGUUUCAGCGUCACGUCUCUGGUGUCACCCGCUGUCCGACCGUGGACUCUUUUCGCGACCGUCUGCGGCUGCGCUUUCGUCGCUUUCAAUGGCACUCGAUCAUCUCCGCCAUCACCGGACUGGUGGUCGGCGCCGCGUCGAUGGUCACCGCGCGAAUGUGGUGGGGGUAUGUGGUCCUGAUUCCGUGCAUGGUGGUCCAGAUAGGCUGCAAUCGAUUCUGGCGACGUCGACUGGGGUACGAUCGACCCUUGGUGUCACCUACCAACGAUCAUCACUUUGCGCCGCCGAACUUCAAUAAAGAGAGUGGGGAUAUCAGGGAUGAUGAGAAACAUAGUCUCUUCGACAGCCUGUCCAGCACGGUCGCUCUCUACGACGCGCUCGAGCCGCUGCCUAGUAACGAUCUCAACUGCACCUCGCUUGAUGCGCUCCUCCAGUUUGUCGUCAGCAACGACCUCUUCGAUUCCCUGUGUGCCUGGCUUGCACACGACCAGUCGGUGUCUCCGCGCCUCCACAAGGCCAUCUUUUGCCCUUUGCCGGAACACACGGAAAUCUCGAUCACCCCACGCCAUCUCCUCCAUCUCCCGGGCUCGGAGCAGACGACGCUGCACGACCUGUGUCGUGGGUUCCUGGAGACUGAGGGACGGAAGGUCUUGCUGUCUCGGGAGAGAUAUCUCCUCGAGCUGGUAGGGUAUAGCUUGCAGUGGGACUCUCCCGGUUGA